AUGGCUAUUUCGAGAUUGGCACUUCCACAGUCGCCUCAUUCGAAUAAUCGGCGUUAUUCGGGAUCAUUCAUGCUUACCAAUGAACUGACGCGUCAUGAAAUGCAACUGCAGGACAGUCAACAGCGGCCCGACUUGAAACGCCAUGGCUCCACUGCGCCCUACGUGUCGGCCACGGUUGUCGCCGAACCUGCACAACACCAGACGCAGGAGAAUGACUACACGAAAUCUCUGGCCAGAUUGGAAUUUUAUUACUUGAUGGUCAAACGCCAAAUCCUGCAUUAUCAGCACGAGUCACUUGGACUCUACGUUACGGAUAAGGCCGAUGCGGAAGAUGGGCAUGUGCGGGACAUGAUUUAUGCCAACGCUGCAGUUUGGGCAGUAUCGAGAGCGUACAAACGAAUCGACGACGAUCACGGCCGAGCGAACGAACUCGGGCAGUGCGCGGUGAAAUGUAUGCGCGGUAUCUUGUAUUGCUGGAUGAACCAGGCCGACCUCCUGGAGAAAUUCAAAAACGAUCAGAUACCGUUAUUUGCCCUUCACAGUCGUUUUCGUGUCCUGGAUGGCGAUCCCAUUGGCGAUUCACAGUAUCCACAUCUGCAGAUUGAUGUUGUUGCCCUGUAUCUGCUGUAUCUGACGCAAAUGAUUGAAUCUGGACUGAAAGUUAUUUUCACCAUGGAAGAAGUGCAUCUAGUGCAGAAUUUGGUUUUUUACCUGGAGCGUGCUUACCGAAUACCGGAUUUUGGUAUGUGGGAGCGCGGCGACAAGUACAACACCGGAAAUCCUGAACUGCAUGCUAGCUCCAUUGGGAUGGCCAAAGUUGCUUUGGAAAGUAUUAAUGGGUUUAAUUUAUUUGGCGAACAUGGUGCUUCCUGGUCGGUUGUUUAUGCGGAUGUGGAUGCCCACAAUCGGAACCGCACAACUCUGGAAACGAUGCUUCCCCGCGAAUCUAGUUCAAAAAAUACGGAUGCUUCCCUUAUCCCAACUUUGAGCUAUCCUUGCUUUGCUGUGCAUAAGCCAGUUGUCUUUAAAGCCACAAUGGAUAAAAUGCAGAGGAAAUUAUUAGGUAAAUAUGGGUUUAAGCGCUUCCUUCGAGAUGGCUUCGGGACCGUUUUGGAGGAUAAAAAUCGGCGUUACUAUGAGCCAGCGGAAGUGAAGCAGUUUGAUGGGAUUGAAUGUGAAUGGCCGGUGUUCUUCGUGUAUCUGAUUAUUGACGGGGUAUUUCACGGUGAUACGCAACAAGUGGAGACCUUUCAGAAAUUACUCGAACCGCUGCUCAAAGAAAGCUUCGAUGGGGAUGUGGUGCUGCCGCGGUAUUAUUAUGUUCCAUCGGAAUUCAUCGAAGCCGAAAUCGCCAAUCCGGGCAGUCAAGACCGCCUGCCCAGCACGGAGGAUCCCGAUGGAGAGGGAGAGAUUUUCGUCUGGGGUCAGGCGUUGUUCAUCAUCUCGCAGCUCCUAGUGGAAGGGCUUAUCGAUGCCAAUGAACUGGAUCCACUGCGGCGAUAUAUGCCGGCGGCACAUCGUCCACUGAAGAAGACCCGAUACAGCUCGUUUUCGACGGUCAUUCCGACGGAUUUAGCGGUGCAGGUGGUGCUGAUUGCGGAAUCAGUGCGCUUGCAGGCGUUGUUGGCGACGUACGGAGUGCAGACACAGACACCACAUCAGAUCGAGCCCAUACAGAUCUGGUCGCCCAAAGAUCUAACAGAAGUAUAUUCCAAAUUGGGCGAAGAAGACAAGCUGGGAUUGAGCGGACGACCUAAACGCCCUUUUGGACCACUGAGCACCUCGAAGAUUUAUCGUGUGGCUGGAGAAACCGCAAUAUGUUAUCCAUUAUUUUUUGAAAUGUCGGACUUCUACCUCUCGUAUGACCAAUCGAUGCUAAUGGACGACAUUCGUACCGGUUUAGCUUUUGUUGCCAGCCGAUGGAAAGUCCACGGACGUCCGACAAUGCUAUGCUUGGUGCGCGAGGAAAUGGUUCGCGGUCAGCAGUCGGCGGAGAUGUUGAAACUCCUGGCCAGUUUCCGUUUGGGUGAUUGCAACGGAAUCCGCGUCCGCACGGGCUUCCUGCAGAAUUUUCUGUCGUCUUCCUGUAUCGAGCAUUUAGAUUUCGUCGUGGAUUUGUCAACCAUGAAGCGAUCAUUUCAGUCCUUCAAAGAAAUUGUCGAUCCGUCUCCCGUCUUCCGCAGCCUGAUGGAUGUGCCGCGUGCUGUAUCGAUGCGCAACUCCGCUACCCAUAAAACACUGGAGGAGUAUAAGGACCGCAGCGUACACGAUGUCAUUGAUGCGCUGAACUGCUGCGAAUCGUCGCAUGGUCAGAGUUAUCUCUUGGCCAUUCUCCUCCGCCGGCAGGGAAAUAAUUUUGUGGUGGAUUCCGUUAACAAUGUCACCGUGCAGCAGCGCCUGGAGAGUCUCAUUCGACAGUGUGCAACACUAAAGAAAUGGGAUGUUGUGCGCUAUUGUUCGGCAUUAUUGCAGAAAGUGGUGGCCAGUUUGGCACCAUCGAUCACGACGAUUCUCGUCCGUGGAAAACAGGUGCGCGUGGGGAUGUUCAAGCACGAAGAAGCCAUUAUCGAUAAACCGGUGACGCCCCUGCAGAUUAAACAGCUGAUCUAUUCCACAUGCGAACAGCAUCAUCCAUCUGCGGCAGUUUUGCAACAAGAACUAUUGCUCAGUAUCGGAAAGCUAGUAGAAACAAUGCCUAGUAUUUUUGAUGGGAUGCUGAAGAUUCGCAUUGGAUGGAUUGUACAGGCACUGACCUUGUAUUUAAAAUAUUCGCAAAUGGAUCACCCGGACUUCCAAGAAGAAUACAUUUACACUUUGUCGCCGUUUGAUGUGCAGGAUUUGCUGCUGGAAGUUCUAACACUGCCGUCGUUGAUCAAGCAGGGCUUGGAUCCGGAUACGGAGAGCCACAAACUGACGCCCAUGCAGCGUCGCCACCUGGAUGGCUGUUUAAAUCGUGUGCCGAGGAAGUUUUACGAUUGUUUCUGGAAUAUUCUCCAUCGGUGUAACGAGGGCAUUAAAGUAGCGGAUCAUCUGAUGCCGCAAAUUCCAACGGUGACCGAUAUGACUCUGUAUGAGCUGAAUUUUGCUCUGAAGAUUGACGCCUUGUUGGACCGGAUAGAACAUCCCGCGUACCGCCAACUGGUCGUGGAAUUGGUCAUGGUGAUUAAUACGAUCCUGGAAAGAAACCCUGAAUUGUAUUUUAUUGAUCCCUUGGACACGGAUAAAUUUGUGCAUGCGGCAUUUGAACGGUUUCUGAAGGAUUACAGAAAACGUGACGGGGCUGCCGAUAAAAAAGAAUAUGAUAUUGAUUUCUUUUACCAACAGCCUCCACAGGUUACUGGGAUGUAUCUGGCUGGAGCAGUCGUUGAUUUGCUGCUGCACCAGGAGGCCGAGUAUUCGGUGCAAUGCGCUGCGGACGAAGCAUGUUGUAUCGUUUGAAUGUCGCCUUGUAUUGUCUUUAACCAGAAGUUGUGGUAUUCGCUUUCUUUCAGCUGAGAUUGUAGGGUUUUUAGAGAAAUUGAUAGUGUUUUAGCGGGUUUUUCAGGUUGUUGCUCAAGAAAAUAGAAGUCAGAUAAAAAUUACUCAAAUAUGUACCAUUAAAUAAGAGAAAACAAAG